AUGGGGAUGAAACGUGGAAGAGAAAGCCGAAAUCUGGCCAAAAAGGCAGCCAAGAAGCAAAGAGUGGAGGAAAAUACAGGGCAGGAUGGCGAGGACAUUGUUGGACUGGAUGAUCUGGACUGGCAGACUGUGCAGUUGCCGGAUCGGUUAGGUGAUGUUGGUGGAUUUUUUGGGUUGGAAGAGAUUGAUGGUGUGGAUAUCGUUCGGCCGGAGUCUACUGGUCAGAUCAAAUUCAAGGUCUCAUCAGAUAAACCGUCGAAAUCAAUACUCAAGAAAGCCAAACCCGCAGACGAGACACCGAGCGAGAACAAUGAAGAAUGGUCAGGCUUUAGCGAGGGUGAGGAACAAAAAGGAAAGCCACAGAAGAAGCAGAAACAGAAGAAAUCAGAACAGCAGAACUCGGAAGAACCCAAGGAAAAGAGUGCGACGGAUGAUAAGAAGCCAGUGACCAAGAAACAACAGCAACAACAAAAGGCAAAGGCAGAGAAACCUAAUGAGAAAAUACAAUCUCUCCCGUUCACCGCUCUAGAAGACGAGGAGGAGGAAGACGAAGUAGAUGUCUCCGCAUGGGAAUCAUUAGGGUUAUCUCCAGCCUUACAGACCGGUAUAUCCAAACUCAAGUUUUCGACUCCAAGCACAAUUCAGCAAGCAGUGAUACCCGAGGUCCUUGCCGGUCACGACGUGGUUGGAAAAGCAUCAACAGGAUCGGGAAAGACGUUGGCGUUCGGCAUACCCAUCCUCGAACACUAUUUAAAUACCAGAGCCCAGCAUGACACCCCAAAAGAAAACAAGAAAAAGGAAAAGAAACAGUCUCAGCCUAUAGCAUUGAUUCUAUCACCGACGCGAGAAUUAGCGCAUCAAUUGGCGAAACAUAUCGGUGCACUCAAUACACAUACUCCCGCUGCAAAUGCAAGAAUCGCGCUUCUGACCGGUGGCUUGGCAAUUCAAAAGCAACAGCGACUGCUGAAAGACGCUGAUAUCGUGAUUGGUACUCCAGGUCGAGUCUGGGAGAUUCUGAGUUCUGGGACUGGUCUCAUUCAGAGAAUGUCGAGGGUCAAAUACCUCGUCCUCGAUGAAGCGGAUCGCUUGCUUAGUGAUGGGCACUACAAGGAACUGGAGGAAAUUCUCGAUGCUUUGGAUCGAAAAGAGGAUAAUGAUGAAGCUGAAGAGAACUCGGAAAUCUCAGAGGAAGAUGAAGAGGGACAAAAAGAAAAAGCUACAGCUGCAAGACAGACCCUCGUCUUCUCAGCCACGUUCCAUAAAGGACUACAACAGAAACUGGCCGGAAAGGGAAAAUUUAUGACCAGUGACUUGUUGAACAAGUCGGAAUCGAUGGAGUAUCUUUUGCAGAAACUCAAGUUCCGUGAGGAGAAGCCCAAGUUUAUCGAUGUCAACCCGAUUUCUCAGAUGGCUCAAGGCUUGAAAGAGGGAAUUCUGGAGUGUGGCGCCAUGGAGAAGGAUCUCUAUCUUUACACCCUACUACUCUACCACCCAGGCCAUCGUUGCCUGCUAUUCGCGAACUCGAUAUCGUCUGUUCGCCGAUUGUCACAAUUGCUACAAAAUCUGGGGAUUCCGGCGUUAGCUCUACACUCGACUAUGGAACAGAAAGCACGUCUACGAUCUGUGGAGAGGUUCUCGUCUCCCGACGCUGAUCCCAGCUCGGUGUUGGUAGCUACAGAUGUCGCAGCCCGCGGCCUCGAUAUCAAAGGUAUUGACAUGGUCAUUCAUUACCAUGUUCCUCGAACAGCGGACAUGUACGUGCAUCGCUCCGGCCGUACCGCUCGUGCGGGAGCCUCCGGUAAAAGUGUCCUGAUAUGUGCGCCCGAUGAGGUUGUCGGUGUAGCGCGUCUUGUUGCCAAAGUUCACGCACAAGCUGAAGCCGGUGCAUCCGCGAGACGUAAUCCACUCGAAUCUCUUGAACUCGACCGCCGAGUCGUCUCACGUGUCAAACCUCGUAUGACCCUAGCCAAGAAAAUCACCGAAUCAAACCUGGCCAAAGAAAAGAUCUCAUCGGAAGACAAUUGGUUGCGUAAUGCAGCGGAGGAACUAGGCGUCAACUACGACAGUGAAGAGUUUGAGAAACAAGGCGGGAAGUCUAAAGGGCGCGGUCGCGGUGGUGGUCGUUCGCAGAAAGAGAAGGAGGCUAGUAGUAUCACCAAGGGAGAGUUGGCGGGUUUGCGGGCAGAGCUCAAGCAGCAUCUGUCGAAACGAAUCAAUAUCGGUAUAAGCGAGAGGUAUAUUACGGCGGGACGCGKCGAUGUCGAGUCGCUGUUGCGUGGUGAGGGGAAUAAUAAGGCUUUCAUCGGCUUGGUGGACAAGUUGGAGUUUUAG